CUCCCCUGGAAUCCACAGACAAUGGUACUCCCCGGAAGUGACUUCCGGUCUCUGGAAACGGCUUCCUGUCCCACCGGAAGUGACGCAAGAAGCGGGCGGUGCAGUGUCGGUAUCGGGCGAGGUGACCUCGGUGCGCGCCUAGGGCCGCCGUGACCAUGGGCCGUGAGUUUGGCAAUCUGACGCGGGUACGGCAUGUGAUCACGUACAGCUUGUCGCCCUUUGAGCAGCGCGCCUUCCCCAACUACUUCAGCAAGGGCAUCCCCAACGUGCUGCGCCGCACCCGGGGGUGCAUUCUGCGCGUGGCGCCGCCAUUCGUACUGGCUUAUCUUAUCUACUCGUGGGGGACCCAGGAGUUUGAGAAAUCCAAGAGGAAGAACCCGGCUGACUACGAAAAUGACAAAUGAGCACCUCACCUGUGUGACAGAUCCUGCUCCUGACAGACCCUUCUUUGGGAGAGGAGUUUGUAGUUUCUUGAAGACACAAUAAACUUGUUAUGGGGUGCA